GCUCGUCCUCGUCUUCUGCGGGAACAGGAAACGAACGAAGGAAGCAAGGAAGGAGCGAACGCACGCUCGCUCCAUCGAUCGAUCGAUCUAUCAAUCAAUCAGUCAAUCGAUCAAUCAAUCAGUCAGUCAGUGCACCGGGCAGUUCGAUUCUUCCGAUCCGCCCUGCGCCUACGGCUUCGUUCCGACGGCCGCCCUGGGGAUUUGUAGCAGUGAAGAGGCGCGUGACCGCCGACUGAAUGGGAAUGCGAGCCCUUGAAGAGUUGGCCUUGUUCUGAACUUCAGCAGCAGCAGCAGCGCAGGCAGGCAGGCAGGCAGGCAGGCAGGAAGCGCGAGGGAGAGGGUGGUGAAGGCGCGGAGCGAUUUCUAGCCCGGCUAGGAGUGGAUCCGAGUUGUAGUGUAUUUAGUCUGGCGAGAGCGCAGGUGGAGAAUCGUGGAGAGGAGUCGUCGCCGAGCGCUGAAUAGCUUUGGGCGAUUUUCGUCGGGAAGGGAGUGGAGAGGAGGAGGGCUGGGAAGGGUGGUUGGGUAGGAGUGGAUCGGCGGGUGUAGAUACUUUUGAGUGUGCAGAGAAAGAUUUGAGAAGAGAGUGAAGAGAGAGGGAGGGAGGUAGUGAGUGGCGAGAAAGAAUGGAGGAGGAAGGAUCAGUUCGUGUUUUAGAUGGCUCUCAGAUUACUGCCGCGUUGCCCACCAUGGCAGAGAAGGCGCAGAAGAAAUUCAAGGAGAUAGAUACGGCGAACAAGGGAUACGUCACACCUGCCGAUGUGAAAUCCGCAGCCGUCUCUGAAGCUGCCGCCCUGUUGUUGGGAACGCAAGUCUCAGCUCAAGUUUUCGAUUCUGCCAUCAAAGGGGUCCCCCUUCCUGAAGCAACCACCCUCAAUCAAGAGGCUUUCGCAACUUCUCUUAUUGAUUGCUUGCGCGCCAUCGCCAAUGCUCUACACGAUGAACCGAUCGUGGUUUCAGUGUUGGAUGGAUCCACCAUUAGAGCUCUCCUGGAUGACGAGGAUGAGUUCGCUAUGGUGGCAGAGAACUUGUUCACAGACCUGGAUGUCGACGAAAGCGGCAAACUUAACCGCAGCGAACUUCGGCCUGCUGUACUGCAACUGGGUCUUGAGCAGGGAGUUCCGCCUCCUUCAGCUAAACCGGAGGCAGACGAGUUGAUUACAAAGCUGCUACAGAAGUAUUCGGCUGAUGGUUCUGAGGAAUUAGGUCAGGCACAGUUUGCCGAGUUGCUACAGACAGUCCUACAGGAUCUUGCUGAUUCUCUGACAAAUCAACCAAUAAUCAUAGUUCGUGAUGUGAGAGUUCUGAAUGGUUCGAAGAUCCGCAAGAUGCUUGAAAAUGAAAAGGCUCUGGCAGAGGUUGCAGACAACAUUUUUGCUGAUUUGGAUGCCAACAAAGACGGCAAGUUGACCAAGAAUGAAAUUCGUCCUCUAUUCGAGAACCAGGGUUCACAAUGGGGUUUACCAUCCCCUGAAGAGAGUGAGGCUGUUAAUGAGCUCUAUAAUGAGCUUUUUAAGGAGAUAGACUCUGACAAGAGUGGACAAGUCGACAAGAGUGAGUUCAAAGUGCUAACGAAGGUCCUUUUUGAAGGCUUUGCUGAACAACUUCGUCUUGAGCCCAUUUUGGUAAAUGUUGACGCUGCGUACCGGUAGGAUAUUUCUUCCGCCUCCCGCAACAGGGAAGCGAGAUAUAUUGCGGAACAAGUCCAGUGGCAGUUCCGUAGCAGGAGGAACAACUUUACAGUUUUGUGAGGGUGUAGCCGUCGAAGAUAAGCAUGAAUGUACGACUGCCUUGCAGUGUUGUGACCUUGUUAGAUUUCAGAACAAUGAAAGAUCUGUGACUAGCAUUCUUCUCAGGGGAUUACGUCUUUCUCUGACUGAACAAAAGGGUUCUCUGGUCAAGCUUUACAGAGCAACAUUUUUUGAAUAUCUCCUCGUCAGGUACCUGGAGUGUCGUCAAAUUUUUCUUUUUCUUUUAUCACGUCCCAACCAUAAAGUUAGUCGAAGUAACACGGGAGUCUAUUCGCUCUGCUCAUCCUCUAUGGCUAUUGACGACACUUUUUGUAAUUGGAAUUGUUGAAAGCUAGCUUAAGCCUGGUCUGUUUACCUUCGUGAGAAAUUUGUUGCCGGAUCACAAUUUGAAGAGGAUAAAGUACUCUUCUCGUGGUAGUUGUAAUCAGGUUCUACAGACUCGGUUCUGAGCGGAUUCUGUGAGCAAACUGCAGAGUUAGUAAGAAUUAUUGCAAUAUGAGGAGGAUGGGCAUAUUUUUGUUCAAGAUCAACAGCGAAACUGCUCUAAAUUCAACUUGGGGCCAUAUGUCCUUUUGUUACACGACUAGGUCUCAAUGUCUUUCUUACUACCCAUCGGUGACACUGGACGGUGGGUUGGGAGAAAGCCUGUAAAUUUGCAUAUAAGCUAUCGAUUAUUGCUCU